AGACUGGAUUUCGCGCAUGUGUAGCAUUAUGUGUAUAUGAACGUCGGCUAACCUAAAAAUUCUACGCAACGCACAAGCGUCGUUAUUCAUUUGUUUCGUUCGUUGAGUAUCCUCACUAUGGCUGCAGCAAUGGAUAAAAAGGCCCCAACUACAGGCGAUGGCAAAGAAAAGAAACGUAAAGAGUCAAUCUUGGAUUUAUCAAAGUACUUGGAGAAAACCAUUCGAGUGAAGUUUGCGGGCGGGCGCGAAGCCGCUGGCAUCCUCAAAGGUUACGAUCCUUUGCUUAAUCUGGUCCUGGACAACACCACAGAAUAUCUACGUGAUCCCGAUGAUCCCUACAAACUGGUGGAAGAUACAAGACCCCUUGGUUUGGUUGUCUGCAGAGGCACCAGUGUUAUACUCAUAUGUCCCAUGGAAGGCAUGGAAUCAAUACCUAAUCCAUUUAUACAGCAAGAUUAGUUUACUUUAGGAUAAUGCUACUUUAAUUUUUAUGUCUUAUAUUGUAUUUCUUUUGAUUUAUUUAAUGCUGGCAUUCUUCAUAACAAAUUUCACUUGACUGAGUAAUGCUUGUUUUGAUAUAGGUAUAUAUAUUGGUUUUGGAAAUUAUUCCUUUGUUUUGAUUUAUGAACAAUAAAAAACUUGUUUGUAGAAGUAAACAAA